AUCGAACAAUGUAUUCUGCUGCGCAAAUUCAGUUCUCACGAGAUGGCGGGCAAUCCGGUCUGCAUGGCGGGCAAUCCGCAUGGAUCGUGCUGGAAAGAGGCCGGGUCCUGGGUUGCGCUGGGCUCCCGACCCAUCAGUCCGAUUCCGCUGCUGUUUUUCGUUUCGGCUAAGGCCCACGAUCGUGUGCUCUUAGAACUUUCACUUCUACCAAAUAAGCUCGUAGCUGCUUGCACGUUGGGGGCAUUGAGGCUCCGGGCUGCGGGAACUUAUUUAGUGUUGGGCACCGUGGCGCCUUCGUCGCUCCGCUUCUCCGAGGACCGCGCCUUGGGGGAUGAGAGCACGAGCACGACCCCUAGAGGGCUCAGCCCCGGUCGGUCCGCGGAUGGGGAGGUCGACGUAAGCACAAUCAAGGGCGUCCACCAAUUCUGUGCGUCACCAGCCUUCCUAGAUGGCGAGGGCAGCGGCAGUGGCGGGGGUGCCGGCGGCGGCGGUGUCUCCUACGACACUUUUCAGCGCGUGUGCGGCCGCGGCUUUGCGCCCUGGGAGGUGCAUCGGCCGCAGCAGGCGGUGCGGGAGCUGCUGACGGCCGGCGCCUUCAAGGGCGCGGUGCUGGACAUGGGCUGUGGCAUUGGCGACAACGCGCUGUUCAUCGCCAAGUACACCCACUGCUCCGUGGACGCCGUGGACAUGUUGCCCAAGUGCAUCACCUUUGCGGAGAUGAAGGCGGGCCUUCGUAACAUGCGCGAGAAAGUGAACUGGCAGUGCUUCGACCUCCUGCUGUGGGAUGAGUCGCCGCUGGCUCGUGCGGGCCGCUCGCAGACCUACGACGUCGCGCUGGACUGCGGCCUCAUGCACUGCAUGGACCGUGCCAGCCGGCGGCGCUACCUGCAGGUGGUCCACGACCACGUGCUCAAGCCCGGCGGCGUGCUGCACGUGCUGGCGCUGUCAGACCAGGAGAUGGCCCCCGGCGGCCCGGCGCGUGUGUCGCGCUCCGAGCUGGAGGAGCUCUUCAGCGCGGGGGCGGGCUGGGCGCUGCAGUCCGUGCGGCCGCACUUCAUUGAGCUGCACCCCACAUUCUGGGGCGGCAAGGGCCAAGCGUACCUGGUCGCGGCGCAGAAGGUGGACACGGGCGCAGCGGCUGGGGCCGGGGCAGGCGAGGCGGCCGGAGGCGGAGCAGCGGCCGUACCCAGCGGCCCAAGUGUGUGAGAGCGGAGGGCAUACACGCGCCGUACGGCCUUGGUACUGCCUAGCUGGAGGCUGAAGGCUGGAUGGGAGCAGAUGGUUGCGUACCCCAUAUGUAGGCUGGUGGCAGUGUAUAUUUCAUCAGCUUUCUUGGUCACGAUUAGGCUUUGCACAUGCUCCCGUUGGGACAGCGUUAAAGGUGGAAGAGUUGAUGUGGCAUUCUUUCUGGCACACUGUUGUGAGGAUGUGCGUCGUUCUCAGGUAGUGACCGUCUUAUAGCUUUCUGAUGUCCUGUGGUGGAUUAUUUUCUUCAACCGUAGCUGUGUGCGUCAUUAAGCCCGAAAAGUUAUAUUGCAUGGGACCUCACGCGGUUCCAGUCCACAUUGGGUCGACGGCCAGGCCCCGUGCGUGUUCGUGCCUUGGUGCCUGUGGCGACCGUCUUUGUAGCCUUGUCGCAGUCAAAUGAGCAUUUGUAAAUAUGAAUAAGG